AAUUAUUUGUACAAUUCAAGCAAUAAAAUAGACUUAAAAAACAAACAAUAUAGAAAUAAUGAAUAUCACUGUGCAGGAAGAAGCAAAAAGCCAACUGGGCUAAUUUGAAGCUUCCACCUACAUAGUAUUAAAAUAUUUUACAAACAUAAAACAAGAUAUGCAUGUAAGACAACAAAGGAAAAGAAGGAAAAGAAAGAAAGAUAAAUGAAGUCAUUGUGUUGUGGGUGUAUGUGAGCAUGUGUGUCCAUGUAAAAGUAAGCAUGGCUUGAGAUCGUUUAGGGCUGUUGGAUUAAACCUCUGUGUUCAUUUAUAAGCAAUGGAAAUGCAAAUUGAAACACAUAUAGAUUUGUAAAUAUAACCAAAAAGAACAAAACGAAUACAUUGACUCAUACAAAACAGUAAUUUGAUUUUUUUUAGGCACUGACACCAUUCCAUAAUUUGGUUCCCCUAAAUCAGACAGAAAUUUGACCUCUGCUGAUGAUCAGGAAUAUUUCCUUUACCUAAAAGUAUCUUAUACAUAAAAAUGCAAGAUAUAAAAAUAUUAAUGUCAUAAAUGGUAAGAAUCUGCAGUAAAUAGGGAGGUUUCUGUAAACCUCCAAAGCCUUAAAGUAAAGUACAAGACACCACUACAGGGGGUCUUUUAGUGCAUUUGACAAGAUAUAUCACAGUGAUUAGAAUAUAGUGAUAUUUAUUAAGACAUUCACACAUCUAUGUUAGUAUUAAUAGUUUCUCAGAGUCAUUAAAUUGCCUUGGGGACUGCCACUGUGUGACCUUUGGCUUGUUUCUCUGCUUAUGAACAGAGAUCAGGAGCCAUUGUUCAACACUUGAUUAUAUAAUCAAUCUAUGCUUGAGUGCUCCAUCAGUGCUCCAUCAGUGCUCCAUCAGUGCUCCAUCAGUGCUCAGCAUGAUUGAGGCGGACUGAAGAAAUGCAACCAGCUUGGAUGUGGUUUAUCAAGACUGACGCUCUAUCCUGCUCUUCAUAAAAACAAGAAAAAGCUUCAUCAUCGGUUUUCAACUUUAUCUUAGUCCAACAUUUAAGGAAAGGAGGAUGCUAACAAACUAAAGAGAGCUGAAAUUCUCCGACAGCGGAUCCCACCAAUUGAGUCUCAGGCUUCCUCCCUCCCGCAUCUACCUGUCAACACUUUUACACUUCCCCGAAACAACAUCCUGACACACCUCCCUCCAGAGCUGGACAUCAACAGCACUGAGCCCGGAGAGUCUUCCUGCAGCAUGAUAGCUUCACUUUGACCAUAGCAGACAUGAACAUGCACUCCCCAGCCAAGGCGAGGGUAGCCGUGGCCCCCGCAGCGUCCCCUGAUGGUGGCCACGCCUGGUUCAUUCUGCUCUCCUGCUUCCUGGUAUUUGGCCUGACCUUUGGAGUCAUUAAGGCAUUUGGUGUAUUCUACGUUGAGAUACACCAAAGCUUUGAAACCACGGCAACAGGAACAUCUUGGAUUACCUCCAUUGCCGUGGCAACCAUUCAUGUUGUGGCUCCCGUAGCAUCCGCUCUGAGUGCUCGCUUUAGCCAUCGCUCCGUAGCGAUGAUGGGAGGACUGAUAUGCAGCGUAGGAGUCGUUUCUGGGGCUUUCGCUCGUAACCUGAUUGAACUCUACCUAACAGUGGGGUUCCUAAAUGGUUUGGGCUAUGCAAUGACAUGGACCCCCACAGUCACCAUGCUGGGCUUAUACUUUGAAAGGAGGCGUCCGAUGGCAAACGCCGUGGCCAGUGCUGGGGAGUGCAUCCUCACUUUUGUCCUCACACCACUGUUCCAGCUGUUGAUUGACAGCUACUCCUGGAGGGGUGCUUUGCUAAUCCUGGGGGCUCUGCAGUUUAACCUCUGUGUGUGCGGGAUGCUGUUGAGGCCACUCAAAGCAACCUGUGAGGUGAACACAGCGGAGGAAGGCUUGCCACAAUGGCCGCCGAAAGACUACUCGGAGCAAAGCAAAACAAGCUGCGCAAAUGCGGAGUCGACCAGGAAGUCCGAUCUAAGGAUCAAAGUCCUCAAAUACGUCGAUUUUACUCUCAUCUCCAAUCCCCAAUUCAUGGUUUACUCAAUGUUUGGUUUUUUUGCCGCAUUGGGUUUCUUCGCCCCGGCUCUGUUUCUGGUUCCAUAUGCUCGUAGCAAGGGUGUUGAGGAGUACCAGGCAGCUGCACUCAUGUCCAUCUCUGCAGCGUUGGACCUUUUUGGAAGGGUGUUUUUUGGCUGGUUGGCAAACCUGAGAUUGGUGGAGACGGAGCGGCAGCUGACGGCUACAGUGUUCCUGCUGGGAACGGUGUUACUCCUCUGCCCGCUGGCCUCCUCGUUCUCACAGCUGGCCGCUUUCAGCGCAGUUUACGGCCUGGUGUACGGCGCCACGGUUUCCAUCCACAUCACCGUGCUGGCUGAGAUUGUGGGAGUCAACCGGUUUGGAAGCGCGCUGGGUUUCUUCAUGCUCAUACGCAGUAGCGGAGGCCUGCUCGGACCUCCCAUUGCUGGAUUCUUCAUAGACAAGAUGAGUGACUACGGAACGGGUUUCCUAAUGGCAGGAGUCUCUCUCAUCGUGUCUGCCAUUUUCCUGCUCCUCCUCCAUCAUACAAACCGCAAGGGUCAAGGGUCAACUUCCAAAAACACUGAUAUGCAUUAGCAGAAGAUGGGACAAAGCCAGAGAGGAGCAGGAGGUGAGAUCAGAUCAGUUGCGUUUUUGAAGAGACCUGGAUUACGGACAAAGGAUAAAUCAACUAAAGCCUUUUUACAACCCCCCUGUGGACUGAACAAAAGAUUUACAAGAGGAUCAAACUCCUUGAUUUAUUUUAACCAUUACUGAUACGAUUAGCUCUGCAGGUGACUUCUCAGUCCUCAGGGCAGCUUAGAACUUUUGUUCAUGUAUUUUCACUUCUCUCUUUCUUUAAACAAGAGCACACUGGUGGUGUAGCACUCAUGUUGCUCUUGUAGUUUCAGACGAGGUUGAAUAUUUGACAAACCAGUUGCUGGCCAUACAUUUGACAAUUGAGCAAUGUACAUUAUUUUAUCUGUUUAGUAGUUGGACUAAAUGUGGAAAUUAAGUAAUUUUAUAUUUUACAUUUUUAAGUUGUCUGUUUUUAAAAGGUCAAAGGUCAAAUUGUAUUAAUGCAUGGGAGGGUCUUUCUAAAAAAGCAACUUUCCACAGCAUUUCUUCUUUUGGUGAUGUAUGUACGGUGUUCAUGUUGAACAUUGAACUCCCUCACCUUAUGGACUGAACUGUAGUGACAUCACUCAGGACAGAAGCUGUUGUCCCAUGAAUUUCUAAAAAUUGUGUGAGUGGGUUCAACAGGAUGUGUUACAGAUACUGUCGUAAAGUCACACUUUGUUAUUCAACGUGUUUGUCUGUUUUUGCAGUAGCUCCGUGUAAGAGUGGAUGCUGGAUUGCAGAGUAAAUGAGACUGUGGCUCCCUCCAGUGUGAAGCUACUGAUAUUGUAUUUUUAACCUUGUCAACAGCGGGACUGAAAAGUACAGAUAAGCCCAGAUAUUAUUCUCCAUGUGCACCAAACAACCAAAUACCACUGAACUGUGUUGUUUUAUAAAUCACUGCUCAAACUGACCACGGAGCGUUUUGCUGCUAUAAGUAAAAUAUAUGAAGCAUGCUCCCAUUAACACACAAGCAGAUCUGUAAAUUAACUGGCAGUGUUGAUUUGCAUCAUUGAAACAACAAAAUAAGCUUUAAAUAGUCCAGUGUUUGUUUUUUCUUUCAAGUUCAAUCCCAAGGAAGCCUGAAGCCCGAGAGAAAAGGCUUUCCUUCUUUUUCUCCCUCUGCUGCAGAAUGUUUGGUAUGUGCAACCAACAAGAAAACGAGCUUUCAUAACCGCGAACCAACGGCAGGCCCUCAAUAAACAACUGCAGAAACUUGUCGCUCUGCAGUAAGAAACAC